AUGCCAUCUCGCAUAGUUGGCCUUUCGAAAGAGCAGAAACCCAACAGGCUUCUGCGGAAAAUCAAAAGAAACCCAACAGCCGAGGACGGUGCCGAGGACCUUAUGAAGGACCCUGUGGAAGACCGCGUGAGAAGUUUCCGUCGUCAGCAGCAAGCCUCGCGAAAUCAAGCACCAUCCUCGUCAAAAUCUGAGGCAAAAGUGCUCGAUGAAGGCGAUUCCGAUGGGGAGACUGAAGCCAUCCGCUCGAGGAAGAAAAAUGCCCAAAAACCUCGUCUCACACUGCUUGAUCUUUUGGACGAUGAAGACACUGAUUCGGACCGGGGUCACAUUCACAAGACGGACUUUACCAAGCCUGGUCAGAAGUCCAAUGGCAAGGAACAGAGGCAGUUCAGGAUAGAACCCCCUGGCCAAGAUCACACCGGCGCCAAAGGAGGCAAAGACAAAGGGAUUCAGAAACGUUCAAAACAAGCAUCUCCGGCACCUGAGCCACGAUCAAAGCGUGCAAGGCGAGACUCCCUCACAAAUGACGCAAAACACCACGAGGUGUUUGGAGAAGAGGUCAUGAACAAGGUCAAGGGCAGGGCGAGCGGUCAGAACACAGUAAUAAAAAAUACAUAUGGGACAGGGAAGGCGAAAGCCCCGCCCUCGAGCCAGGAGAGGAAACCGAAUGCCCUGGAACAGAAAUUUGGGCGGACAGGGACUCCAAAGCUCAGCAGUUCGCAACAGAGUGUGUCGCUAUCGCAGGCUUCGCAAGGCUCGGCCCGUAAAGAAAGCCCUCCUCUGGAAACCCCGAAAGGAUUCCAGUCGUACGGCUUGGAUCUCUCCGACUCGGAAAGUGACGCUACGCCCACAGCAAAGGGCAAGUCAAAGACACACAGAGCUCUGAGUAUAGGUGGUAACUUUGAUUCGUCGCCUGUACGGGGCGAGGGAUUUAAAAAGGUUAAUGACAUUAUUCCCUCGUCUCCCACCGGAGCACCCCGAGUCAGCAUGUACAGCGACUUGGACGAUACGCCGAAAGCAAAUGGGAGAUUUUCAUUACCAGAACUCACGGCAUCCCCCACCGGGACCAACACAGCGAGAGAUAAUAGCCCGAUACCGAUAUGUCUCAGCACGAAAUCGACACCAAACCCUUCGCAACAGGAGGCACGUUCAGAGAGCUCCCUGCCAGAACGACCUGCGGCCAAGCCGACGAUUUGCCCGUGGUGCCAGGAGCCCGUGGACGCCCAGAUGCUGGUAUCCUUCUCCAAGGGGAAAGGAAAGCGACUCAACGUCAAUCAGCAAACCCGCUUCUGCCACAAGCACAAGAGAAAAACAGCCCUGGAGCAGUGGUCGGCCAAGGAGUAUCCCGAGAUUGACUGGGACGAACUGCCAGACCGCGUCGCAUCUUACAAUGAGUCUCUGCACGAAGUCAUUCUGGGCGAUGAGCCGUCACACUACCGGCGGGUAUGGGCUGAGAAGAUUACAAAGGGCGCCGAUCGCGUCAUGAAGAAGGAGGAGAACAUGAACCCGGGCUACUACGGUCCCAGAGGGUUCAAUCUCUUCAGCGACCAGUUAGUCCCAAUGUUUCAAAGCGUACUGAGGGAGAGGGCCCUUGUGGACAAGGUCAUCUCAGGGCGAGGUGCUGUUGCGUUCAUCCAGUCUGUGCUGUUGCCAGAACUGGCCGUUCGGCUGAUUAGCGACGACAUGCUCGUCACACUGGAGGAGGCACGAGUGAUCAUGGAGGACAGCAAGCAGCUAGGGGAGCUGGUGCACGAGGAGUUGUGA